CCUCAAAGAAGAAGAACAAGAGGCGGAAGAGGCUGCGAAGAAGACUCUAGGUUCAGCGUCGUAUCCAUCGUUAUGAUGGCAAAACUUACACUAUUAUUGAGUUUUAUUACCGAAUUGAUGCGAAUAGAAGCACAUUCUGCGAAUUAAUUGUCUUCAUGUUAAGUUACGUGAGGGAAAAUUAGGCAUAACGACGAGUUUUGUUUUGCUUUGUGAAGCUGCAGUGCAAGGAAGGAAACCCUCCGGUUGAACAGUUUAUCAGUUACAAACAUAAACAGUAAAACUUUGAAGAACCACCUCCAGCUAUCUUGGGGUCAAAGGUCACUUUAAAAUGGAUGUCAGCAUUGCCGUGUCGCUAAUUCGCGGCCAGAUGGGCGCCGUGGUGGAGCGGGCAGUGAACGGAGCAGUGGAGACGGUGCUGGCUGAGAUGCUUAAAGUAGUAGGAAUCAAAUUUGAGGAGCUGAAAGCUCAAGUGGCGCUGAUGAAGAGGGACAUGAACGCGCUGCAGAGGGAGAAGUCCUUAAAAGAGAAGGAGAAUGACAAUAUCCGUGCCAAACUGCGAUACACCGAGCUGAAGUUGAAGUACUACAGGCAGGGAGUGGAGGAGGAGCUGCAGCAGAGAGCCUCUACAUCCACUCUGGUCCGCAUCCACCAGUCCAGCUUCCCCCAACCACAGACAGGUGGAGCAUGUGUCUCAUCUACCGAGGCCUCGCCAUCAUGCUCAACUCAGAACAGAGCUGCUGAAGGACAACAUGGAAAAAGCAACCAAGAAUGCAUCUCUCCACAGGGCGUCGGCAGGCGAACCAUCAGAGUGCGUGGUCAGUCAGACAUGAGAGCAGCCAACUGUGACCCAUCAGAAAUGGUGCUUCCUGUCUCACUCUCUGUGAGCACAGUAACAGAAUCUCUGGACAACAAUACAGGUUUCUCUUGUACCACAGAGCAAGACGUUGCUCCAAGAGAGAACGAAGAGCAGGAGGACGACUGCGAAUGGACUUUCACUGUACAGCCACACACAGAGGGAAUCGAUGCUGUCAUGGACCCUCCUCCUAUCCAGGCUUUGACUCUUGAGCCAGAGCAGCAGUCAGCCGCUGGCUCGCUGUCCCCAGAUGGUUCCACCCAGGCUGACAGCUCCAUGCUGCCCUUCUCCACUCCACAGGUUAAGCAGGAGGCUCAGCAGCAAGAGGAAGAGGAGGAGGAGGUCAUCUGUAUCAAGGAGGAGCCAGAGGAAGAGCAGGAGGUGACGGCCACCCUGCUGUUUGACUGCCAGGUGCAGCACGGUCACCUGCCAGAGUCAGAGGCUCAAAGGUCAGGACUUCAGGCAAGCCAGAGAAAUCACACUACAGCCUUCAGCUCAGAUGGACCGAGCUCCUAUCUGAUGCCUCAGCCGGUGACCUCCCUGCCCUCAGUUGCAGCCUUGCCACCGGGCGUCCCUCCUCGUCAGGUGGUGCGUCCAUGGAAUAAAGACCUUAGCCUGUACGAGGAAUACAAACUGCGCAGGAACGAGCUUCGCCGGCGAAGCCUCAACAGACGCAGAGAGCUGGAGAAAACUCUGCCUCAGCCGCUGCUGGCAGACCUGGUAAGAGAGCGUCGAGAAAAGACCAGACUGAGGGUGGCCAGAUGGAGGGCAAAGAGGAAACUCCAGGCCUGUCUGAACCAGGCUCAGGCUCAAGGUGGAGCUGCAGGUCUUUCCCAAACUGGCUUUCCCAUCAGCAGUCAGCAUCAGCAUCAGCAUCAGCACCAGCAGCAGCAGCUCAGAGUGCCUUGUGCGUCCACCUCCAGUAGUCAGCAGAGACAGAGCUCACUGUCUCAGUCCAACAGCUUCCUCAACAUGUCAGCAGUAAACAGCAUCUCUGCACCUCUCCCCUUCAUUAACCCCCCUUCCUCCUCCUCCUCCGCCUCUCUGCUCCUGAGAGGCCCCAACAUGACUGCACGUGCCAAUCAGCAUACUGUGACAUCAUCAUCCUCCUGCUCCUACCCUCAGGUCAGCAUAUCGCAGCAGAGUAUCUCUCUGACAGAUACAGAUAUCUUGCAGUGAGAUGAUUCAGAUGAAUGAGCCGAGAAAGAUUUGACUUUGUUUGUCAAGUAUGUUGAUAUUCAGGUGGCGUCAGCACCUACCUGCAGAAUGUAGCAAGUCCUCGAUCGGUGAUGCAAACAUCUUCGUGUUGCCAUCCAGAGUAGCUUAAUGAAACACGUCCUUGAAACUUUGGUCCAAUUUUGCUUACUUUACACUGAACUUCUAUUCCCGGAAGGAAAAGAAAACAUCUUAAUAACAAUAUGAUCUUUCUUUGUAAGUUAAUAUAUAAAAAUAACAAUGUGUUUUGACAAACAACACAAAAUGAGGACCUGCACAUCCAAACUGCAUUCAUGUCUUUACUGAGUACAGAUAACAAUGUGGUGGAUCUUCAUCAGGUCAAACUAUAAGCACCUUAUUCCCACUCAUAUAUACUGACAGAAAAUUAGAGCACCUCAUGUUGAUCACUGUGUAUUUGCUGUUACCUGCUCAUAAUACAUUUUUUAUCCUCAAUUUACAUCAGUUACACUUAACAUUAGUAUCAGUUGACCUAAACAGGCUCUGUAAACUCUUAUACAAAUUGUAAUGCAUUCAAAUAUUCAAAUAAAAACACUUCAACAACA